AUGGGGAUUUCGAGCUGGUGGGAGACUUACCUAGGAGAGGGUGAUGACCCUUCUUUGUUGGUGUUUUUGUUGCGUAGGAAGAGAAGAUGGUUGAAAGGGUCUCUUAGUCCACAAAGAGUUUUUGACAGUCAUGGAAUUACUCAGGGAAAGAUUCAAGGAGGAAGUGCUUUGGGAGCAGAGAAAAGGGUUACUCGUGGAGGUCUGCAGCCUCUAUACGGAUUGUGA